AAGCGGACUCAUCAAGAAAUGAAAGAGGAAUAGUUACAAUGUCUGAUGCCACAAAAAUACAAGUAUCAUAAGAGAUGACUAGUCAUCAGUUCCCAUAUGUAAUGCAAGGAAAUGUAGACAACCAGCUUCCUGGGCAGGCUGUUCUGGCUGGACUCCCAGGGUAUCCCGCUUUCAGCCCACUGCAGAUGCUGUGGUGGCAACAGAUGUAUACCCAUCAGUAUGAUACGCAAUAUCAAGCUGCAGUUUCAGCUCAGGCCACAUCAAAUGUCAGUCCAGCCCAGCCUGCUGCUUCACAGCCUCUAAAUGUGGCACAUGUUCCUGGAGAAGAACCUUCACCGGCUCCAAACCUAGUGGCCCAAGAAAAUCGACCCAUGGAUGCGAAUGUUCAGAGGAACGCACAGGGAGGUCCAGUGCUGAACGAAGAAGACUUCAGUGGAGACCGGCUAGGCUGGAUGUGCACGUCCUCACGGGCCGCCGUGCCCCCUAGCAUCGUGUACUGCUCUUCCUCUUUUAGUCGCUUCAUCAUGGUAAUGGGAGCCAUGCUACUGGUUUAUUUACACCGAGCUGGAUGGUUUCCUUUUAGGCAAGAAGGAGGUCAGCAACAGGCUCCCAACAAUAAUGCCCAAGUCAACAAUGAUGUGCAGAAUGCAAACAAUCUAGAACUUGAAGAAAUGGAGCUUCUUAUGGAUGAUGGGCUUGAAGAUGAGAGUGCAGAAGAUGCAGGUGAAGAUGCCAGUGCAAUUCAAAGGCCUGGAUUAAUGGCAGCAGCUUGGUCUUUUAUCACCACCUUCUUUACUUCACGAAUACUAGAGGGGCCUCCCCAGGUUGCCAAUGAGACCUGAAAAAUUGUGCCGGCUGCAAAGGAGGGUCUGAAUUUAGGAAAGUGUUUUAAAUAAC